UGAAGGAACCUCUCUGACCUAUUGCCACUGGAUAAGGACAGAUCACAUGGGACCACUGGCUACAAUGAAACUGUCACAGGAAACAGAGGAUGCAACAAACGACCGAAAGUUCAUAAAAUCCCAGGUGGAGAAACGUCGAAGGGAAAGGAUGAACCGCAGUAUGGAGCAACUAAGGACCAUGUUGCUUAUAGAGGAGCCAAAACAACCGGGUGGGACUCAGCGCAGAGUGGAGAAAGCUGAGAUGCUCGAGCACACAGUCCUCUUCCUAAAGAACACUGCCAAAGGAGAAAACAUGAGAGCAGGGGGUGGUGGAGGCCAGACCAACUACUUCCAGGAAGGCAUCUCCACCUGCCUGCAGAGAGCAGCUCACUUCCUGGGACCUGCAGGGAAAGGCCUGUGGCUUGGAUCAGCACUGGAUGCAUCUUUUGCCGCUCGCCUUUCCUGUUCAGACUCUGAUCCUGCAGGUGUUCGAAUGAGAACUGAAGCUGGUUCCUCCAGCUCUCUGCCACACACAAAGUCCAUUCUGCGGCUGCUGAGGCAGAAGUCCAAGCACAGUUUUGCUCAUCCGUACCAACUUCCAGCCCAGCAGGAGUUUCCCAGAAUUCCCCAACAGGUUAAGAGACAAAAUCAGCUUGAGAUCAGGGUGGAGACGCGGCCGAGCAAACAGAGCCCGUCCCAGAACUUGUUGGUCAGCCAGACUUUGUGGAGGCCCUGGCCUUGAUUACCACGAGAGUGACCUCUGAAACUGAUGUUUUAAUGACUCUAACAACUGGUUAAUAUUUACUAGUGCCAAAUGCGCUGUUCCUUAUAGUCGUGGCACCUCUGGUCUUCUUAUUAUUCAUGACGGUGUUGGUAUUCAGCCACAACCUCAAGGCCUGUAAAUAAUGUAAAAACCUCAUUUGUACAUGUGCUGUAUGUGUGAUAGUGUUGACUCACUACUCUUGUUUAAUGCUGUUGAAUGAGUGCAGUCAGUGGGGCAGCCAUUUAUUCUGCCGACAUGCACCAGGACUCUCCCAGACUGGGUCAGACAUGAGCCGGAUCGUGUGGCUGAGCCGAGCUGUCCAGCUGGGACCGCCGCUGUGCUGAACAGCGAGUUUAGAGGUGAGUAUGGUGGAGCUGAAGAGUUUCUCUCCUCCUUCAUAUACUGCUAAAACCCCUUUGCUGUUCUGAUUCAAGAGUGUGACACUGCAGUGGAUAAUGACUGAGUGUCCACCCAUCACAUUUCCAGGGUUGGCACCUCAGGGUUUCCA